UGUGAUGGGGAUCCCCUGUAACGUGAUCAAACCCAAAGAGGUUUCCAAGCUCCACCCCCUGGUGAAUAUUCAUGACCUGGUGGGGGCGCUCCACCUGCCGGGGGAUGCCGUGGUGUCACCGCCUGACGUCAACCACGCCCUCGCCACGGCGGCAGCCGGACACGGAGUCCAGAUCCACGAGCGCACCACAGUUAACCAUGUGAUGAUGGAGAAGGGACACGUGACGGCGGUGGAGACAGACAGAGGAGCCAUCGAGUGUGAAUACUUUGUCAACUGUGCAGGACAGUGGGCGUAUGAGCUGGGCCAGGCCAGUGAGACCAAGGUUUCUGUUCCUCUACAUGGAUGUGAACACUUCUACCUGCUGUCCAAACCUCUAGCAGAGCCUCUACAGCCCAGAACCCCAGUGGUGAUAGAUAUGGACGGGAGGAUCUAUGUGAGAGCUUGGCAGGGAGGGGUCCUGUCCGGAGGAUUUGAGAAGAAUCCUAAACCCAUCUUCACCGAGGGACGGAACCAGCUGGAGAUUCAGAACAUGCAGGAGGACUGGGACCACUUCG